UGGACAGAUUUGUUUUGCGGCCCCACGUGAUCCGGCGGAGACAGACGAGGGUGAGCAUCGCAAAAUGGUCCCAAGAAGAUGGAAGGUGUUGCCCGGGAGCGAGGCCCAACCCCCACCCAACAGGCAGGUUAAAACUGAGGAGGGCCUGGAGAUUAAGGUCAAGGUGGAGGAGGAGGAGGAGGAGGAGGAGGAUGAGGGCCUGGAGGAGACCAUGGAGAUGUAUCGUGUCCACAGCACCAACACCAACAUCCCACCCCGGACUAAGGUGUUGCUGAACCAGGAGGAGGAGUGGCAGGAGUGGCCGGAGGAGAUGCCACAGGAGGAGGAAGACCUGGAGGAGGAAGCCCUGGAGGAUGAGACCAGGGAGGGAGGUCACGUCCCCACCACCGCCCCAUCCUUGAAUGGCCCAUUUAAAGCCAACAACGCAGCCCCUUCUUCCGUGUCUGUGUCAGACACAGCAUCAGAAACGGACGCCCCAUUGGUGGUGAGGAAGGACUGGAGGAAGGUUUUGCCUUUUACCUUCAGCAGGCAGCAGGAAGGAGAACUGGUGGAAUGGUAUCGGCAAAACACCAUCCUGUACGAUAAGGAACAUGAAGAUUACAGGAUGAGGGAGAAGAAGAACAAAUUAUUCCAGGAAAAGGCGAAGGAAUAUCCUGACUGCACCUAUGAUCAGCUCUGCCAGUGGAUCAAGAACCAGCGGACAAUAUAUGGGAAGCUGACGAUCAUGGGGACAAAAACUGGGACUGCUGGGAAAAAGUUCACCAAGAGACAGCAGUGGAUUCACGACAAGUGGUCGUUCAUGAAACCGCACAUCGUGCGAGUAGAGAGGAGGAGGAGCUGCAAGAAGAACUUGGCUGGGAAUCUGGGGGUGACCGACACUGUUCCCAAUUGGGCCCCGCGCCUCCUAAUGCCAGCCCUGUCCUCCACAUCCCCCUCCACCAGUCAGCAGCACUUCCAGAGGAGGAUGGCACAUGAAAACCACAGCGGAGCCUCCUCACCAGACGUCACUAAUGGAGACAGAGAGGGAGAACGGAAUGAGCUGAUCAGGAUUCUCAUUGAACAGGCAAAAGACGCAACCAGAGCAUUUCAUGAAGACCCCAAGACCAAAUCACCGCAGGAGGACUAUGUGAAGAGCUUGACCAGUUUCAUUGGCUCCCUGAUCACUUGUACACCGGAUAAUCGCAUGCUGACAUUCACCAGAGGCCUUCUAAACUAUGUGUUGGACUUCUGCGAACAGGUCAAUAUGUCAUUGCAUUUGUCUUGUCGGUUCUGCAUGCCACUUUGUCCUUGUGAAUUAAAUUUCUUGUGGAUAAAAUAA